UCGUUACCAAAUGAAAUUGCAGAAUAUUGCUUCCAAAUACACCAAGCAAUAACUCCUGGCAUCACCAAUUUCAUGUUCCCACGAAGUGUAUGGGUUUCUGAUCUGAGGUGCCAUUCUAAAAUGUGUUGCUUGAUGGUUGUAGCAGUGGUCUACUGUGGCUUCAUUCUUUUUGCAAAAGGGGCACUGAGAGGGCAGGCUAUAGCUCAUUCUAGAGAGAACAUCAGGGNCCUUCUGAGCAUAGCUAAACCCUUCUCUGUUACCAUCCUUCUCACUGUUGGAGCCCAGAGUACCCUUGCCGGAGGGACUUUUUCCGGUGGGAGUACUCAUCUGAGUUUGGCAAUGAUGCCCAUCAGAGUGACCCAGAAGAUUACACUCUUUGCAAAAGUCUACCCACUAGAGAUGCUAUGGAGAAGAGAGCCUAAAAGUCAAUCAGAUGCAGAUGCAACUUCUCCAAUGUAAUCCAGACUGGGAAGAUUGGAGAAUCUGUAUAUUGAUUGUGUUAGUUCCAUAUUGUGUUGGCAUUAUUUUUUGACAAACGAAUAGAUUUACCUAGAAUUAUUUUAGAUAUUUUAUUUAGACUUAGAGUUCUAGCAUGUGAAGAAAGAGAAAGAGGAAAGAGCUUGAAGAAAGAAGUCUAAUCCUA